AAAUAAACAAAUUGAUUGUCGAGGGCGAUUGUUUACAAUCAACAACUGGAGAAAUUUAUGAGCACAAUCUGGAGCACGAAAAAUCCAUAUUUGCUCUACUUAUGUUUAGUUAUAAUUUUUUUAAAGAGACAUAUUCAUCAUAAAAGCUAUAUGUUAGUCUUUCUGCAAAAAAAUGUGACAACAUAAUUCCUAUUAAAUUAUUUUGCAUUUAUAUUGUUAAGUUAAAAUAAUAUGAUUUAGUUUUAUUUAUUUUGUAAAAAAGAAAAUCGUAUAUGUAAAAUAUAUAGGACUACAGAAGAAACAUCGUUGAAUUUGAAGUAAAAACAGAUAAUUAACGUAUUUUUAAAAGAAUGAACGAUACAUAUGUGGAAUCCAAAGAAAAAGAAUGGCCAUUUCCUAUAGCUGUAGUUUUCUGUCUGGCUAUAAUAUCCUAUGUGUUCAUCUUACUACUUGGAUUAAUGAUCAGAAAAUGCCUUAUAGCACGCGGGAUAUGCACAGAUUGCUGUCCAAAAAUGAAAAGCAGUCCUGGUUGUUGUGAAGCAUGCAGUAAUUGUGCUCAACAAUGCAACUGGAAACUGCCUACUGUUGAUAAUUGUUUAGAUCUUAUAUGUCCUACAAAACAAAGAGUCAAUUGCAUCGAGUUUUUAAUGUGUGAUUGGGCAAAUGUUCAAUGCUGCGGGGAAGGAGGUACAUAUACAUGUGGCAGUGGGGACUAUGCAUGUACCUGUGAAACUCCCAGUUGUGAAAACAUUAAUUGUCUAUGCUGUGAAAUAUCAUUUAGAAGUGUAGCAACAGAACAAGCCUGAAGAAUUUUCCAUAUUUAUAUAUCAGUAUUCAAAAUUAAGUAUUUUCUUUCCUUGACAAAGACUGCAAGUGAAGGAAAUUUUAGCUUUAAUGGGAGAAAUCUACAUAAAUACUUGCUUAGAAAAUUAAUGAGUUUUCUAUUAUCUCUCAAUAUUGUGCCCAGAGAUUAAGGCUACAAGAAAUAUAUUUUUAAAAUAAGUGUUAAGCUAAAAUACACCUAUUUUUACAAUCUAGUCAUAUUACCUACAAUUUUUGUUCUACAUUCUUGUAUUCAGCAUCAGUACCCACUUUCAUGACAUCACGUUUAACUGUGUACUUAAUUUAUAAUGUACUUUUACCUAUUGUAAUUUACAAUAAUAAAUUUUCUUUUUUUUU